CUAAACCGCAACCAUGUCGAAGAGAGGAAGAGGAGGAACCUCUGGAAACAAGUUCAGGAUGUCACUGGGUCUUCCAGUAGCAGCCACUGUGAACUGUGCUGACAACACGGGAGCCAAGAACCUUUACAUCAUUUCCGUGAAGGGAAUCAAGGGUCGUCUUAACCGUUUGCCAUCCGCCUGUGUUGGUGAUAUGGUUAUGGCUACUGUCAAGAAAGGUAAACCUGAUCUCCGUAAGAAGGUUAUGCCUGCUGUCAUUGUUAGGCAGAGGAAGCCUUGGCGCCGAAAGGAUGGUGUCUUCAUGUACUUCGAGGAUAAUGCUGGUGUCAUUGUCAAUCCCAAGGGUGAAAUGAAAGGAUCUGCUAUCACUGGACCAAUCGGAAAGGAGUGUGCUGACUUGUGGCCAAGGAUCGCUAGUGCUGCAAACGCUAUCGUUUAAGAUCUUUCUUUUUGUGUUGAACGUUUAUCACACCUCUGUUGAGAAUGAUCUGUUUUUGUCUUAGACUUUUGGUUCUAGUUUCUAUAAGACCUUGGUUUCGUCCCAGUUAUUAUGAUUUGGUUCGACCUUUAAUUAUGGCGAUGUGAGAUUAUUCCCUUUUUAAACUCAAACGAACUAGUUAUGUGGACCGGUUUACUCUACCCUUGUUCUGAUAAAUCGUCUAAGUAUUGGGAGACACUAAACUUAUCAAAAGAUCAGAUGGACCUCAUCUGCUA